CGCUCGGCCAGCAACUUUGCCUCCUUGGCCUGCGGCUGGCGCUUCCGGUUCCGGUAGCCGCUCACCGCGCUGCGUCGGCGGCUCAGGCCAUGGCGGGCAGCCGGCUGGAGACGGUGGGCAGCGUUUUCUCGCGGACCCGGGACCUCAUGCGGGCUGGGGUAUUGAAGGAGAAGCCCCUCUGGUUCGACAUAUACGCCGCCUUCCCCCCGCUGAGGGAGCCCGUCUACCGAAGGCCCCUCAUGCGAUACGGCAAAGCCAAAGCUGACAUCCAGGACAUCUUCUACCACGAGGAUCUCAUUAGAGCGAAAUUUUAUUCAGCCUAUGGAUCUGGUCAAAAAGCUUUUGAUCUGUUCAAUCCAAACUUCAAGUCCACCUGUCAACGGUUUGUGGAGAAGUACUUGGAGCUACAGAAACUUGGAGAAACAGAUGAAGAGAAAUUAUUUGUGGAAGCAGGGAAGGCUUUAUUGGCAGAAGGUGUCAUUUUAAGACGAGUAGGAGAAGCAAGGGCUCAACAGGACGGUAGUCACGUUUCCGGGAAAUCUGAACCCACGGGUGUCAAAUUGCAAACUUUGUUGGAAAAAAUCCAGCCUCUGAAGGAAGUUCAACAGGAUCAACCUUCGGAGACACCGGAAGAGCAGUCGAAAGGCCCCUCACCUCCCUGAAGAACUUGUAUACCACACACACUGACAUCCAAACUGUGUUCACUGGGUGAAUAUUGAACUAUUUCCAAUAGUUAAGCUGUGUAAAUGUUUCUGGAUCUCAAAGGCAUUAUGUUUGCUGUCUUUUAGUUCCUGUUGCUAGGUUGUCAUAAAGCUCAGGUUCAUGGUUUGAAAGAAGCAGUUAUGUGAACUUUAGCAGUUAGGAUGCUCUUCAAUAAAGAAUUCCUUAGCUGCUUGUAAUGUAAAUUUACCUUAACAUUGUAAAUAGCACCAGGAAACCUUUGUAAGUACUGUUUGAAUGGGACUCACUCUGAGCAGGUUUGCUUGCGUUUUGGUGUUAACACGUGGCUGGCGCCCUGGCUGGUACAGUGCUGUUGGGCAUCAUGCUGCACAUGGAAAGCUGGCAGUGUGAUUCCCGGUCAGGACUCGAUCCCCGGGAUCCUAGGGGGUGUGCAGGAGGCAGCUGAUCGAUGUUUUUCUUUCAUCAAUGUUUCUAACUCUAUCCCUCUCCCUUCCUCUCUGUAAAAAAACAAUUAAAAAGAAAAAAAAAAAAGACUGAAUCCAGAUGGCAUCUCUUGGAUUGCCAAGAGGGAGCCACCAAUUCAGAUGAUGCUCUCCACUGCCUCCCUGGUGUCGAGCCUGGCUGGUGUGGCUUGGUGGUUGAGUGUUGACUCAGGAACCUGGUUAGGGCAUAUGCCCGGUUUGCGGGCUAAAUCCCUAGUGGGGGGGUAUGCAGGAGACAGCUGAUUGAUGAUUCUCAUUAUUGAUGUUUGUGUUUUUUAAAUAUACUUUGAUUUUUUACAGAGAGGAAGGUAGGGGGAUAGAGAGUUAGAAACAUUGAUGAGAAACAUCAUUCAGCUGCCUCCUGCACACCCCAAAAUCAUUGUACUUGCUGCUAUAGAACUACUUGCUGGAAUCAAACCUGGGACCCUUUAGUCCCCAGGCUGACGCUCUAUUAGCCAAACAGGUUAGGGCACCAUUGACGUUUUUUUUUAAUCUCUUCCUCUGAAAAAAUAAAAAAUAAGUGGCAUAUUGCUCUGAGAUUGUCCCCUUUGCAUUUGUAAUCAAGCUGAGUAGGAAAAGUGGUUUUUAGCUACUGGUAAUAAACUGCUUCAGAAAUUUUUUAUUUUAAAA